GCUGAAAUACGGAAACCAAGGACAGCCCCAAAAGGACUUGACUCGAACUUAACUAAUAAUCAGAGCUGUCUCUGUGUGUCUUGUGCCAGUCACUUUGUGUUGCUGGCAGACGAGAGAGAGAUUGGGUCUGUCAUAUCAGGUUUUUUUUCUCCUUUGCAGCCAUCUGAAGGGGCUCUUAAAGUGAAUUGUGUCAUUCUGCCAGAUCCUAGUACACUGAAUUACUCUUCGUCCAACGUGUGAAGAGUUUCUUAACCAGUCCCCUUCACCUCUCCACACAAAACAGGAAGAUUGUGGGGAUCCUGGCGACCUCUCUGCCCUGACCACCAACUUAUCGUAUUGCAGAAGACAAUAAGGAAGAGGAUAACACCAGCAAUAGAGCAGCCUUUUGUAGAAGAGAAUCCAGAGGAAAGAAAAGAAGAAAAAAUAAAAAUAAAAAGUGAAGACAAACUUAUAAACCUGGAGUCAUUACUUAUGAUCCAUGGGCAGAGUUUCAGCCCAUCCCAGGCAACCUACAGACAGGCUUUAAGCAAUCCAUAUUAUUGCGAUCUGCCAGGGAGGGCAUUGUCCCCAAACCAGAACAGCAUGGAGAUGAGAAGUGAAAGUCCCAGCUUAAGGGACAGUCCAGACCGGAGAAGCAACAGUCCAGAUGCUACAAGUCCUCCUCCAAUCAAAGUGGCCAGAUUGGAGCAGAACGGGAGUCCAUUGGGAGCCAGGGGACGACCAAACGGUUCGCUCACCAAAUCUGUGGGAGGACUAAUGCUGCCUGUAUUCUGCGUGGUGGAGCAAAUGGACAGCCGAGAAGAACACGCUGAGUUUGUGCUGGUUCGGAGAGAUGUCCUUUUCAAUCAGUUGGUAGAGACAGCUCUUCUAGCCUUGGGAUAUUCACACUCAUCUGCAGCUCAAGCACAAGGAAUCAUUAAAAUUGGUCGCUGGAACCCCCUGCCACUCAGUUAUGUUACAGAUGCCCCAGAUGUAACAGUCUCUGACAUGCUACAAGAUGUCUACCAUGUGGUCACAUUGAAGAUCCAGUUACAGAGUUGUUCAAAACUUGAGGAUUUGCCAGCAGAACAGUGGAACCAUGCCACUGUCCGCAAUGCCUUAAGAAUGCUGCUAAAGGAGAUGAACCAGAGCACCCUUGCCAAAGAAUGCCCCCUCUCCCAGAGCAUGAUUUCCUCCAUUGUUAACAGUACAUACUAUGCCAAUGUGUCAGCUACUAAAUGCCAUGAAUUUGGGAGAUGGUAUAAGAAGUUCAAGAAGAUGAAAGUUGAACGGGAUAACCUAACAGAUUACUGUGUACUGGGUCAACGACCAACACACCUAUCAAAUAUAAACCAGUUGGCAAGCCUAGGAAAGAGCAAUGAACAAGCUCCUCAUAGCCCACUUCAUCACAGCGCCCCGAUUAGAAGUCAAGUACCAGCCCUGCAGCCAAUAAUGAGCCCCGGACUCUUGUCUCCUCAGCUUAGUCCUUCAUUGGUACGACAACAAAUUGCCAUGGCACACUUAAUAAACCAGCAAAUAGCUGUCAGCAGACUUUUAGCCCAUCAACAUCCUCAGGCCAUCAACCAGCAGUUUCUAAACCAUCCGCCGAUUCCCAGACCUGUUAAACCAGUGGAAACCACCAACUCUUCAGUGGAAGUUUCUCCAGACAUCUACCAACAAGUCCGGGAUGAGCUGAAAAGGGCAAGCGUGUCUCAAGCUGUUUUUGCAAGAGUGGCCUUCAAUCGUACACAGGGUUUGUUGUCAGAAAUCUUACGUAAGGAAGAAGAUCCUAGAACAGCAUCCCAGUCUUUGCUGGUGAACCUUAGGGCUAUGCAGAACUUCUUAAACUUGCCAGAGGCAGAAAGAGAUCGGAUCUAUCAGGAUGAAAGGGAAAGAAGCAUGAACCCUAAUAUGAAAACCUCCAAUACUCCAACAUCCGACAUCCAGGUGAAAGUAGAGGGGGAAGCUUCCAACGUUACCAUCACAGCUGCUGUUUACGAUGAGAUUCAGCAGGAGAUGAAACGAGCAAAGGUGUCCCAAGCUCUCUUUGCCAAAGUAGCUGCUAAUAAAAGUCAGGGUUGGCUCUGUGAACUCCUCCGCUGGAAGGAAAAUCCAAGCCCAGAAAACCGUACCCUGUGGGAGAAUCUGUGCACCAUUCGUCGUUUUCUUGGUCUCCCUCAGCAUGAAAGAGAUGCGGUGUAUGAAGAAGAGUCAAGACAUCAUCACAGUGAGCGCAUCCAGCAUGUAGUACAGCUAACCCCAGAGCCUGUCCAGGUACUACUAGGACAACAAGCCCAGCAAGCCAAAGAGAGCUCACCUCCAAAAGAAGAGACCCCACCAAUCCCACCUCCAUCUGAAGACAGCUGCACCAAAAAGCCAAGGUCUCGAACCAAAAUCUCUUUGGAAGCUCUAGGCAUCCUACAGAGCUUCAUUCAUGACGUGGGCCUCUACCCAGACCAAGAAGCCAUCCAUACAUUGUCAGCUCAGCUAGAUCUGCCUAAACAUACCAUCAUCAAAUUUUUCCAGAAUCAGCGCUACCACGUCAAACACCAUGGAAUACUCAAAGAGCAUCUGGGAAUAGCAGUGGAUGUGGCAGAAUACAAAGAUGAUGAGCUUCUGACUGAAUCAGAGGAGAAUGAUAGCGAAGAAGGCAUGGAGGAAAUGUAUACAGUAGAACAGAGCGAGGAAAGCAGCGGGAAUGCCAAGGUUAAUUUAUCUGAGGUGGAUCAGAGAUAAUAAAACUUACCACCGACUUACACAACUACAGCAAUACAGAUGUGCAAGAGAAAAUCACUAUUAUUACUUGUAAUGUUCUCCGCAGUAAAAGUGGGGAACACAGACUUUUUCGUAUUGCUCUCUUGAAAACUUGCCUUGACACUUGAGUGUACUGAUAUCUGACUGGAAGAGAAGUAGUAUAAGACUAUAUCUUCAUUCAUCUUGCACUUACAAUGAUGAUUUAAGUAAAUUACAGGACCUCAAGAUUGAUAAAAUCAAUGAAGGAAAGUAUUUAUAUAUCUAAGUAUACAGAUAUGUAUAUUUAAAUAUGCAUAUGUGUAUAUACAUGCAUAUAUGUAUGUUCUUGUGUUGUAUACAUGCUAUACGUAUGGAAUGUGCACACAACACAUGCACACAUACUGAUGAUGCAUGGGAAGCAAACAUUUCAUUCCUAAUAUAUAGACUGUGAAAUGAGUUCCUUACAGAAAAGACUGGGCUAUGAAUUAAUACCACUUUGCAGUGAGAAGCUUUAGGUUUCCUCCUCAAUAGACUGCCUGCUCUCAUUGAGUGGUUACUUUUUUUUUCCAUGUUUCUUUUAUUUUUCUUGUGUUUAUUCUUGAUUUAUGUUAUUUUGUUUUUUUUUUCUUAGUCUCUGCUUUUGUUCUGGCCGCAUGGUGGAUAACUUUUAUUUAAAGAUAUGUGUUUGAAAGUAAAAACUUUAAAAAUGCAAUAAAAAUAUAUGAUAUUACAAAUGCAUCAAAAAGUUGUUAAUGCUUAAACAUCAGCAACAGUGAUGUAAAACACGUGUUUCUAUUCUGUAAGCAGCAGUGGGGGGGUUGUUUUGUUCUGUUAUUGAAGUGAUGAAAUACAUAGUAA